AUGGCAUCAGUAUCUUCUCAGGACCAGGUUUCAAUCACUUGUCCAGUCUGUCUGGACCUGUUAAAAGAUCCAGUGACGAUUCCCUGUGGACAUAAUUUCUGUAUGCAGUGCAUCAAGGAAGACUGGAAAGGAGAAUACAUCUGUCCCCUGUGCAGACACACCUUUUCUUCCAGGGCUGUCCUCUACAAAAAUCGUCUGAUGGCUGAUAUGGUGGAGAAGUUUGUGAAGAACAGCAUCCAAACCCCUGCUUCAGAUCGCUGUUAUGCUAGACGAGGAGAUGUGGCCUGUGACGUCUGUACCGGGAGAAAACUCAGAGCUGUCAAGUCCUGUCUGGACUGUCUGAUGUCAUACUGUGACACUCAUUUAAAAGCUCACAAUGAACUUGUUGGCAGAAAUCACACCAUGGUCGAUGCAGUCCAGCUAAAGGAGAGGGUCUGUCCCCGUCAUAAGAAGGCUUUUGAAGUAUUCUGUCGCACCGACCAGAGUUGCAUCUGUCUUCUGUGUACGAUGGACGAUCAUAAAGGCCACGACACGAUCACAGCUGCGGCAGAGUGGAGUCAUAAAAAGGAGGGUUUGGGGCAGAGCCAGAGGAGAUGCCAGCAGAUGAUCCAGUUGAAGGAGAAGGAGAUGCAAAAACUGAAGAAGGCUGUGAAGAAUCUCAAGUCUGGUGCACAGACAGCAGUAAAGAAGAAUGAAAAGAUGUUUACUGAGAUGAUCCACUGCCUUGAGAGAAGGUGCUCUGAGGUGACAGAGCUGAUCAGAGCUCAGGAGAAGGCUGAGGAGAGUCGGGCUGAAGGACUCUUAAAGCUUCUGGAGCAGGAAAUUGCUGAGCUCAAGAGGAAAGAUGCUGAGAUGGAGCAGCUUUCACUGACACAGGAUCCUAUCCAUUUCCUCAAGAAUAUGCAGGACAUGGUGCCCAUUUCUGGUGAUCUACGCAGUGAUACAGUAGCCAGAAGGACCUUGAACCAAAGCCGCUUCUUUGUGCCCCUGAAGAAAUCUGUGUCUGCACUGCAGAUGCAGCUGGAGGAAAAAUUAGAUUUAAUCUUCAAGGAGGAAAUAGUCAAGAUAUAUGCAGCAGUCUCAGGCCAGACCUCUCAAGCCGUUGGCGGUGAGAUGGGUCUGAGCGCAUGUGUCCGUGGCUCUACUGAUCCUGGACUCCCAGUCAGAGGAACACAUACUAUGGAUCCCCUGCCUCCACAAUUGUCUGAUGGCCAGGCUCUUAUUGCUGAACCAGUAACCAGAGAGGAUUUCUUAAAGUAUUCCUGCCACUUCACUCUGGAUCCAAACACAGCACACCCACACCUCUAUCUGUCUGAGGGGAACACAAGGGUGGAGUACAGACAGAAGAUCCAGUCAUAUCCUGAUCAUCCAGACAGAUUUGAUACCUGGUCUCAGGUGCUGUGUAGAGAGGGUGUGUCUGCACGCUGCUACUGGGAGGUUGAGUGGAGUGGAAAGGUUGCCAUAGCUGUGUCAUAUAAAAGCAUCUGCAGGGAAGGAGCGGGUGAUGAGUGUUGGUUUGGACAUAAUUAUCAGUCCUGGAGUCUGGAGCCUGACACCUCCAGUUACCGCUCUGGCUAUUUCUGGCACAAUAAUAAAGGGACUAAACUCCCUCUAGUGGCAAGCUCCAGAAUAGGAGUGUAUGUGGAUCACAGGGCAGGAACUCUGGCCUUCUACAGCAUCACUGGAGACACAAUGACCCUCCUGCACAGAGUCCACACCACAUUCACACACACACUCUACCCUGGAUUUGGGUUUAUGUGUUUUUUGUCUGCGUCCGAAACUGCAACAGUGAAGCUUUUGUGA